CGAGGGGCGUGGGUGAAGCAGAGGGCCCAGCUCGGGGGCAGGAGCAAGAUUAGCAUCAAGGGCUGAUCCAGGCGAAAAAGCAGCCCCCUUUUUCUCCUGACUUGCGCGCAAAGGGAGAGGAAAGCCGAGCAGAGCAGAGCUUGCGUGCCACGGUCCCCAGCAGAUAGCCGCCAAAAUGUUGGAUCUUACUGAAUUAGUGGAUAUUGAUGUGACUGUAGCGUAUGUCUGGUAUGCAGUCCUCCUCAUUGUAAAAAUGAUGCUGAUGAGCCCCUUAACGGGAUUCUACAGAACAACGAAAAAGGCCUUUGCUAACCCUGAAGAUGCGGCUGGAUUUGGUAAAGGGGAGAAUGCAAAAAAGUUCUUGAGGACUGAUCCAGACGUGGAGCGUGUGCGCAGAGUCCAUCUCAACGACCUUGAGAACAUUGUCCCAUUCCUUUUCAUUGGAUUCUUCUACUCCUUCAGUGGCGUUUCCCUCUCCACUGCCUUGCUGCAUUACAGAGUAUUCUUUGGUUCCAGGAUCUUCCACACUAUUUCCUACCUUAUCCCUCUUCCCCAACCCUGCCGGGGUGUGGCUUGGUUUGUGGGGUUCUUAAUUACCUUUUCAAUGGUGUACAAGCUGGUAAUGGUGGGUCUGAGCUUAUCAUAAAAAAACCAAGAAGCGUCAAACCAACCUAUACGUACCAACAUUUCACUGUGAUUUUCAAACUUUCUACCCUUGGGAAAACCUUUCUUAUUGAUUGUUCUGUGCCAGAUCCACUAAAGGCGUGCUAAGCAUUGUGAGACAUAUUCUAGAUCAGGGUUCCUCAACCUUAGGUCCCCAGUUCUUGUUGGACUUCUGAUCUAAGAAGCACUUAUUAGCAAAGGGAAUGAAUUGGAAUUCUGGGAGUUGAACUCCAUCAACAUCUGGGGAACCCACAGUUUGGGAUGCUCAGUGCCAGUCAACCAUUUUGGACCUCACUACUCCUCACUUGAGCUAAAUGUGUGAACCAGAAUACAUCUGAAACUAUGUUGGACCAGCACAUUCCAAGAAAAUAUUGGUAAAUGGAAAGCAGGACAAUUUGUUUACUGGUGCUUCCUUAUAAUCUAUCACUGGGUGGAACACUUACCUUGCAUACAGAAGAUCCUACAUUAGAUCCCUGACAUAUGCAUAAAUUAAACCUCCAAAUGUGAAGGGGCAACUGUACCGAGAUAGUCCAGUAUGUCUAUACCCAAUGUGCAAGUACGGGCUCUGAUCUAGUUGCUCGUCCCAACUAGACUGGAUUCACUAAACCAAGUUAUGGACUCAUUGGGAUUUAGGCCAUGAUAACAAAUACGUUAUUAUGGCUUACAUCUAAUGAUGUGAAUACACAAUUCCUGAGGUUGUUCAGUGGAUCAUAUUUGGGAAUGAACACUGUUGGAUGGAUGCAGGGCAUGCUCUUGAUUCCAGGUGUGUGGCCCUUUCCACUUCACGUGUUCACCACCAUCCUCUUAACAAAGCUUUUAGAUCAGUGGUUCUCAGCCUGUGGGUACCCAGGUGUUUUGGCCUACAACUCCCAGAAAUCCCAGCCAGUUUACCAGCUGUUAGGAUUUCUGGGAGUUGAAGGCCAAAACAUUUGGGGACCCACAGGUUGAGAACCACUGUUUUAGAGUAUGAGAUCCUCAAGCCUGUUGAACAAAUGGUGUCAAACUCAAUUGUAUUAAGUCAGAUUUGGGUUGAUGUGCACUUUUGAGGUGAUUGCAAAAGUCACUCGGAGAUAAACAAGAGUUCAGAAAAGUGUAAGAAUGUUAAGGUGUUCACUGUUUACAUUCCUUACAUCCUGUUUAGCUUUCCUUGAGUUUAGGCUGAAUUUAGGUUGGCUCUUCUAGUUUCUGGUUGUUAACUUUGAAUAUUAUACACCAUGUUUUAUAAACCUGUUGAAGAGAAAAUGUUUCCCUUUUACCUUCACCUAUAGGCUUGUAAUUGUAAUGUGUAACAAUCCAACAACUGUCUAUUGAUGGCAUGUAUGUGAUUUUCCCCCCACUAUGGAUGCUAUUUUGGGAUAUCUCUUUUAGAAGCCCAUAUAAUAAAGACAACAGCAAAAAGAAGAAGAAAAAAA